GCCCCAACGGCUUCCCUCCUGCGUCUAUGGAUAACUACAUCGUUGAACUAGUGCCAGGUGCGUAUGACGAGGAUGUCGAGCCCGCGCCCGCACCCGUGCCCACGCCUCAGCCUGCCCCCUUCUAUACCUCCCCUGUUCCUGCUAUAACGCCAUCGACAAAUGAGGCCACGAUACGCAUCAAAUUGGGCAGCCUUUCUCCAGUACGCCCUCGUCGGCCGGCACACGAUGGUCUACAAUGCGACAGUGGAGAGCCCGCCGAUGAAGGCCCACAAUACCCCUCUCGUGAUCAAGAUCUCCCAGCAGGUGCACACCCGCCCGAAGGAGCAGAAUUUGUUGCGUAUCGCUCAGAAGGUUGGCGUCAAAGGUUUGCCCGAGUUGUGUUAUUUUGGGGAUUUGUGGUCCCUAGACGACGGUUUCCGCAGGCUAUUCUUUGAGGAGGAGCAGAUGAACUACGAGAAGCGCAUUCUUCGCGCGCUCAUCUACACCAAGUACAAGCAUCUGGGGACGCUCUUCUCGAAAUCGUCGGAAUACCUCGGUGAAAUGAUCUACCAGAUGCUGGAAUGUAAGCAGCCUAUUAGUGAUCUGCGAUUCAAAGCGCAAAUUUUGCAUCGGGACAUAAGCUACAAUAACUUCAUGGUCCAGAGAAGGGGAGCAGACGAGGCGCCCCUGUUCAUCCUCAACGACUUUGACCUUGCGACUCGAGUGACACCGAAUGGGGAGCCAGUAGCGGGUCCGUCGUCAAAGCAUCGCACGGGCACGCUCCCUUUCAUGGCGCGGGACGUCCUGUACGGCCUGUGGUGGGCGUUCGAGAAAAUAGAGGAGGAAGAAGAAGACGACGACGACGACGACGACGACGAGGAAGAAGAAGAAGAAAAACAAGAAGUGCUUCCCGUACCCUAUCAUCUGGUGCGAUUCGACUACGAGUCACUAUUGUACGUUGCCCUGUGGUGCGGUUUUAAGUGCGAAGAGCAGUCCGCACGCCAUGCAGGCGUCCGUCAACAGGUAGUGGCGUGGGAGUGCGGGAGUUACGACGAGUUGUUGCACAACAAGAGAGGGCUCUUCUUAUAUACCUCGGGCUCUAAGUCGCUGAGCUGCUUCCCGCUCUCCAGGCGUUUCCGACGGUGGCGUUCCUUCUUCCAGGCCUGGAUAGACACCGUCCAACCUCCUGCUUCUGAUGAUCUUGGCGAAUCCGUAAAUCAGUACUGGGAUCUCGAGAAAAUACUCAGCGCACUGAGGGAAGCAGACCCGAACAAGCCAAAGUCGAAAGAGCGGCCGGGAGGAAAGUCGAGUUGAAAGUAGGAUCCAAUUCUGUAGCGUAUGCGGCGACUGAUUGUACAACUGUAAUACUAUACGUUUCAUGCUAAAUACCCUGAUGUAUCACCCUAGUCACUGUACGGUCGCUUCCGCUCUAUAUACUUGUACGCCCGCUUCCG